AGAUGAUUAGCAAACCUACACAGCCAGUCAGAGAUGGCAUCUACAACCAGCAGUCCCUAUCUUCUUCCUCUGAAAAUGAAGAGCUUUGUUCCAAGCACAAACUUGUGUAUGUGGCAAUGGAUAAUGUGACAAAGAAGUUCCUCUGCAAUGCUUGUAUUUAUGAACAAGAGAGUAUCAAUAUCACUUUCCUUGCCAACACAGCCAAGAAGAUUCUUGAGAAAGUUGAGUCUACCCAUCAAGCCAAUGUUAAGAAGCUCCAAAAGGCCAGGGAGAUCAGCCUUGCUCCCACAGUUGAAAAGAUGGAGGCUAAAUCGAAGAAGAGAAUUGAAGAUCUAAGAGGGAAGGUCUGGAGUUGCCAGGGGUCACUCCUAGACUCCUUUAAGGCCAACAAAGAUAUCACUGAGCUUGAAGAUAUUUUGAAUAGUAUCACCAAGUUCCUAGAUCCUAGAGAGACCAAGGUCUUCCAAGAUGAAGCUCGUGAUGUUGAAGUCAUGACCAAGAACGGCAACUUCGCCUAUAUCUGUAACAAGAAGAAGUUCUAUGACGAUGCUUACAAGAUUAUGGCAGAGGUCACAAGACUUUGUAACAUGUAUUCAGACAGAGGAUCCAAACUCGCUGAAAAAGUAGUAUCUUUCAAGCUUGACAAGAAAGCAUUGCAGAAGAUACUUGAGCAGAAAUACAAUGAGAGAAUGAAGAGUCUCAACCUUCCUCCAUUUCCUAAGAGAAAUGUCGCACUUAACCUUGAUAAGAAGGGAGUUGAGAUGAAAGAUGCUUCCAACAAGGAAUUUGUUAAGGCGCAAUUGAAGGACAAUAACAUUGAUUUGAAGAAAGAUCACCCAAGACCUCUGAUAACUUCUAACUUAUUUCCAGAUUCAGAGACUGCUAAUCGAUCAAUGGAGAUGGCUCCUAGUCCAAGUCCAUCACCAGUUUCCAGGCCACAACAAGUGAAUAUUGUUUCUCAGAUAUCCAAUCCUUCUCUCAACUCUCCCAAAAAGAAAUUGACUCUUGCUCAAAGGAUGAAGAAUAGGGUUGGGAAGCCAAUCAGAUCUAUGGCUCAAUCAAAGUACAACCUUACAAAAAUUGGAACUAAAGAGCCAGGCAUCCCUGUCACUAAGGAGUUUUUAGAAGGAGACACUUGAAACCUAACAGAGUUUGCCAUUGCAGAUAAGACAGGAAGAGUUGUCACUAAGAUAGAUCAUAUUCCUACAAGUCUGGAGGAACUCCCACUGAGUAUUCCAAUUUUGCUAGAUGAAGAAAAUAACAUCAGCAGGAUUUCAUAUGAACUUGUCCCAGGAUCCCAGAAUGUGAAGUUCAUGAGUGAGUACUUAGAAGAGGUGGGAAGUCCUGCUCCAAUGCCUGAGUGUUUCUCAAUGCUGCUGAAGGAUAUCCACAAUUGCUCUCAAAUAUAUCUCAAGAGGAAAAUGGUUCAAGCUUCCUCAAAAGAUAGAUAUGCGAAUGUGACUGUUAGAGACAAGAACAUUAUAAAUAUGAAUCAGACUUCAGCAAUGCCUCCUCCCCCUCCAAGGAAGAAAUCAAUUUCAAAUCCUGGAAGUAAGAAGAAGCAGGGUCUCUCCAGGACGCUGGGAACUCUCCAAGCUGCUUUUCAGAAGAAUGAAGAGGCUAAGACAAUGAAGAGCCCAGUUCGAGAUCUAAGUUCAGGAAAUUGUGGCUCACAAAUGAUGACGAACAAGAAUCAGCCAACUGCUUCUCAAUCUCCUUCGGCAGCUAAGCCAGUUACUCAAAUUCAGGAAAAUAAUGUGAUAAGUAACACAGGGUUAGGCUCCAGUUCUUUGUUCAAGAAUCCUCCACCAGUUAAUGCAAAAAUUGCUGAAAACAAAUCUGCAGGUGAAGAGGUGGAUCUUUGACAACUGAAAAAUGUUCAACAAGAUGUUCAGCAGAUUUCAAACCCAGUGGCUCCUCCCAAUUCCCAAGAUGAUACAAUUCAAGCUUCUAAGGAUACCUCAGCAGUAUCCAUGCUUCAGCAGAAUUUGAAGGAGAUCACACCUUCUUUUAUUGAGAACAAGAGAAUGAGGAAAGAAGAUACACAGGCACAGCCUGGACCUAAGACUGCCGUUGACUUAUCUAAGGACGUCAUUAUGAUAGAUCCUCCAACUGGACAACAAGACCCAAAGAUAGUUGGAGAGAAGAACGGUCAAGCCAAUGCUAUUGAGAUUGAUCCUCCCACUUCAAUGUCUGCCUCUAAGAAUGCUCCUAUUGAUAUCACUGGAAGUACUUCUGCUAUCUCCCAAAAUAAUACUUCAGCCAGUAAAGGUCCAAAGUCUUCUGAAGUGAUUGAUCUUGAUGGAAACUCAGGCCAAUCUAAGCAGCCUACUACAGUUCAGCAGAGAAUUGCCGAAUUUCAGCCUGUACAAAGACAGAUGCCUUCUUCAAUCCAGCAGCCUAUUCAAAGACAAGGUGUUCCUAAUACUGCAAACAAAAUUGAAGAAGAGAAGAAAAUAGGUAGUCCAAAGGUUUCCAAGCCCUUCAGUCCUUCUAGCUGCAGAACUGACCUCAAACAUCUGCUUGAGAUGAAGGGCAGGUCCAUCCUUGCUUGGGACCUAGCAGAGAAGACAGUUGAAGAGAAAAAUGGGAUGUUCGAAAAAGUCGUUAAGCCAGUAAUGAAGAAAAUGUAUACUAUCGCAUUCCCAGAGCCUGUGAAUCAGUCCUUUGUCCAGAUUGAUAAUGAUAGAGCAGUGAUCUUGGGUGGGACAAAGGACAUUACUGGGCAAACCUUCUACAAAACUGUUUUUAUGUUUGAUCACAAAAAGGCACUCCCUAUCAGGUUCAAAAGGAUCAAUGAUAUGAGUGAGCCAAGGCUCUUCCCAGGCAUAUGCCUUAGCCAAGACAAGAAGAGAAUCUAUAUCGCAGGAGGUAAGAAGUCGAUGACUAAUAUAUAGGAACGAAUGAAUCAGGUAUUCUUAGUUCAUGAGAAGUACUUGACAUUGAGAAAGGAGAAUGGGAGAAACUACCCAGCUUAUGAAUACCCAACAAGUCACCAACCUUGCUGGAAGUCAAUCAUCCCAAGGAAGGCUUGUGCCUGCUUUCAACUGGAGGAAGCUCAAUGAACUCAGAAGGAAAGUUAGUUCCAUCAAAGGAUAUUGAGAAAUUAUCAUUAGCUAGAUUCCUCCCUAACCCCCCUGAAGGAGCAAAAUCUUGUAAAUGGGAGAGCCUGAGCGAGAAGUUGCCAACCCAGAAUCUAGACUUCUGUGCUGUCCAACUAGAGUCAAAUAAGGUUGCUUUUAUCGGAGGAUUCAUCAAGAAUAUGCUGCCUCAAUCCUGCCUACCCAAAACCCUCACACCAAGCCAGUCGACCUCCAGUAGCCAAGACAUAUCCCUCUUCUGUUUGACUCCUGAUUCCUUCCUGUCGUACAUGAUCUCAUUGCCUUUCUCCACGCCUGACAUAUUCACUGAUCAGCCACAGUUCAGGCUGACUUCUUCUCCAGCCCAGUUGCACUUCCUAGGUAGUAGGAACUACCACGUGCUUAACCUGGACAAGUUCAAGAUUGAUAGCUACAAGCUUGACAGGUAA